AUCAAGUCCUCCGGACUCACUGCCUCUCAUCGUGAAGCUCAGUGUUACUGAUAGGCUCUAUAUAACAAAAUAAAUAUAUAAAGCAUCAUUUCUAUUUUAAAUUACAGAAUACUGACACCCUUACGCACCGCAGGUCACUGAGGGGCAUGAUUGGCUUGUCGGAGGGCAGUGCUGUUGUGACCUGGAGCCAGUGCUGGUGACAGGGACAUGGGACUCUUCCUCAGAGCGUCCAGCAGGCUUAACACAAGCAGCGACCCGGCCGACAGCACCCCAAGGGACCCGAGGCUCCUCCUCCUCACCAGCGGGACGCCGCCACAGGCCCAGCGCCGCACAGCACUUUGGGUACCAGGCUUUUGGUAGAAGCUCCAAGUAACCUUCUCUAAUGAGGAUGUCUGAUACUGUCACUGUAAAGGAAACGACUGAGACAAUGAGAGGUUUGGAGACCGAGGAGACUGACUCGACACCAAGAGACAGCCUGACCAAGUCAGAAAGCCAGGAACAAAUCGAACCCGAGAAAGAUGAGGGCGACGGCAAGAGCGAAGCGCAGCGGCAAACAUCCGGACAAAUGCCUAAGAGGUCCAAGUCUAACGCAAAGUUAAAGUUAGUUCGGAGCCUGGCAGUUUGUGAAGAAUCCUCCUCUCCCCCUUUUACUGACCCGCCACGAGAACACCAGGACAAAAUUCAGAUCCAGCUCUCCCAGUCCUUCCACAAAGAAGACCAGGCUGUGAAGAAUGAGGAGGAGAAGGAGAAGAGCGCUGACAGGCUGGAGAAGACGGAGAAAACGCCACGCAAGAUGCUGUCCAGAGAUUCCAGUCAGGAAUACACAGACUCUACUGGCAUCGAUCUCCAUGAGUUCCUAGUUAACACUUUGAAAAACAACCCCAGGGACAGAAUGAUGCUGCUGAAACUGGAACAGGAGAUUCUUGAUUUUAUCAGUAAUAAUGAAAGCCAGAGAAGAAAGUUCCCGCCCAUGACGUCCUACCACAGGAUGCUGUUGCACAGAGUUGCUGCCUACUUUGGGUUGGAUCACAACGUUGAUCAGUCUGGGAAAUCUGUCAUCAUCAACAAAACUAGCAAUACAAGAAUACCGGAUCAGAAGUUUUCAGAGCACAUUAAAGAUGACAAGACGGACGAUUUCCAGAAGCGGUACAUUCUGAAGAGGGACAACUCCAGCAUGGACAAAGACGACAACAUGAUGCGCAUGCGCUUGAAGGACGACCGGAGGAGCAAGUCGAUAGAGGAGAGAGAGGAGGAGUACCAGAGAGCCAGAGACCGGAUCUUCGCACAAGAUGGUCCUGACAUUUACCCACUAGAUAAAAGGAUCCAGGAGGAUGAGGCCUCAAACAGCACGCAGCAACGACGGCAGAUUUUUAACAGGUUAAAAGAUGGCCGGUCCACAAACAGCCGCCAGAGCAGCUCGGAGAACGAACCCAAGUAUUCAGAACCGCGGCCCUGGAGCAGCACGGACUCGGACAGCUCCAACCGGAACCUGAAGCCCGCCAUGACCAAGGCCAGCAGCUUCAGCGGGAUCUCGGUUCUGAUCCGGGGAGACAGCUCGGCCAGCAGCAAGAGCACAGGCCGGCUGUCCAAGACAGGUUCAGAGUCGUCUAGUAGUGUAGGGUCAUCCACGGGUUCGCUCUCUCGUUCCCAGCAGCCCCUCCCCAUCCCAGCUCUAACCCAGCCCGGCCUCGGCCCGCCCGCCGCCUAUCCCGUCAUCAGCUCUAGUAGCUCCGCCCCCUACGAGGGGCCCCGUGGCGGCCUGGCCGCGUCCACCGCUAACGCUAGCUACUAUUUGCUUCCGUUGGAAGUGACAGGGAUACCACCGGGCAGUGUUCUGGUCAACCCGCAUACAGGCCAGCCCUUUGUGAACCCGGACGGCAGUGCCGUGGUGUACACUCCCGCCGUGGGCCAGCAGCAGGGCCGGUCCCAGCAGCCUCUGCCUCCUCCUCCGCCCCCGCACCAGCCAGCCAACCACGUCCUCUCCCAGCCGAUCCGCCCCCUCCAGCCCUCCACGCAACCUGUGCAGUACUCAGCGGUCUCUUACCCGCCCCAGCUCCUGCCCGUGUCCCCUAACCAGCAGUACACUGUGCAGGACAGCCUGGGGGCCCAGUUCAGCCACAUGAACCUGGUGCGGCAGCCCUCGGCCGAGGGGCCCGACUCCCACGCCGCCAUGUACUCCUCCUCCAUGGUGCUCCAGCCCCCCCAGCAGGGGGGCUACAUGGUGGCCCCUCCGCCCGGCCAGCCGGUCCCCGCGCCCGCCUACAGCGCCUCCGCCCCGCCCGUCAGCCAGCCCAUCAUGCAGCAGGGCUACAUGCAGCCGCCCAUGCAGCAGAUGCCCGCGUGUUACUGCGCCCCGGGCCAGUACCCACACUCCAGCCAGCAGUACCGGCCAGUCACCCCAGUGCACUACAACAGCCCUCAGAGCCAGCCGCUGCCCCAGCCCGCCCAGCCGUCAGGUUAUCAGACUGUGAUGCCAAAUCAACCACAGAGCUACCAGGGUAUGGUAGGAGUGCAGCAAGCGCAGAACCAGGGCCUGGUCAGCAGCCAGCAUAGCAACAUGGGCGGGCAGAUGCAAGGCAUGAUGGUCCAGUACCCUACCGUGCCAUCUUAUCAGGUAUCCAUGCCUCAAGGGUCCCAGGGCAUGCCACAGCAGACGUAUCAGCAGCCAAUGAUAAUCCCCAACCAGUCCAGCCAGGGCCCCAUGCCUGCAUCCAGUGUGCAGGUGUACUACAGUGUUAUUCCACCCAAUCAGCAGAGCACCAUGAGCUCCUCUGUGAGUUUCCUGCCUCCUCCAGGCACAGAGCAGGUGCAGUUCCCUCGGACGUCCUCCCCCUGCAGCUCCCAGCAGCUCCCUGGCCAGCAGUGUGCAGGUGUGCCCCCCCCUCAUGGCAGCAGCAUGCUCAUGAUGCAGCUGACAUUACCCCCAAACCAGCAGCCCCGGGCACACUCCCCGCCCCAGUGGAAACACCACAAAUACUACAGCCUGGACCACCAGAGGGGCCAGAAGUCCACAGACCUCCCCAAUCUCGACACAUCACAGAGCAGUCCCCAGCUGGGCAGCCCCAGCUCCUCCCCAGUCCAGUCCCCCGCGCCGGCCCACCUGGCCAACAUGAAGAACGUCCGUCCCGGCCUGACCCCCAUCUCCAUCAUGCCCCAGUUCUCCCGGCCCUUCCUUCCUGGACAAGGUCAGCACCGGCUCCUCUCCGCAGGGUUUUUCAGCUGGAGGCAAGCCGGUUGUGAAGCGCGGUACCCCCUGCUGGGACAGCCCCUCCAUUACACCCCUCCCAUCCGCCCCUCCCUCAUCCACGGCCCUCACGUCGUGCCCAACCACCAGGGUCCUAUGGGAAUUCGGCAGGUUCGAGGGAGGAAGCCGGCGAGGAAAGCACUAUCUACAGAUCUCAGUGUAGGUGAAGCAGUAAGCGGGAGGGUCCUGGAAGUGACUGAUUUGCCGGAGGGAAUAGGCCGCGUGGAAGCCGAUUCGCUGCUCGGGGAGCUGUGCAAAGCGGGGGCCGCCAUCCGGUGGCUGCCGGACCACCAGCCGCCCAGACUGAGCCGCGGGGCCGGGGACGGCGACACCAACUCCGACCCCCACCUGCCCCCCUCCCACGACCCGGCCUCGGGCUACACCAUCCUGGCCAUGUUCCCCACCAAAUACGCCGCGCAGAGCGCCCUGCUCAAACACAGCGGCUCCCUCGCCCCCUUCAAACUGAGAACUAGCAAGAGACACUACGAGUUCCACAACCUGGAGCGGGCCAGCUCCCAGUAGGGGGCGCUGAAGAGUGGGAUCCCUGCAGCUCCCCCCCCCUCCACUGCCACCACCACUACCAGUCACUUCCUGUCGUCGCCCCUCCCCACUUCCUGUUUUUCACUAAAGUUGGCUUGAUGUAAUGGGCUUUCACUUGAGUUGUAGAGACUUUUGGGAAUAUGUUGCCUUUGUAAUGUUCUAGCAAUUCCGGUAUAAAUAAUAAAAUCGCCAAUUUUUUUUUUUUUUUUCGGGAGGGAGAAGGGGGGUGGGUUCAGAAUUGGCAGGAACAUUUCAAACGGCAGCAUGUACUUUUUUCUUUUUUUUUUCUUUCUUUUUUUUUUUUUUUUUUUUUAGUUUUAUAUUUGUGAAAUCUUGUGUCAGACCCAAAGCGUGGUUGUACAGCCGCAUUCUUCUCCCCCUCCCCGUCACUCGGUCUCCCGGCCUCUUGGAGCUCUACUCCCUUUUAAAGCAGAGAAUUCAGCGGAGGAGACGCGCCCCGGGUACCGCCUGUCCGGGCUCCGGACGGGUUAGCCCACCGUGGACAUCUACAGCUACACAAUGGGUUUCUUUUGUGCCUUCUACCUGGAUUCUACUGUUUUAUUCCUUGAAAAAUUCUAGAAGGCACCUCAGUGUUGCUUGUAAAAUGAUCCACAUCUUUGUAAAUACUUUAUAUAGUACAGUAGAUAUAUAAUUCGAUCCGGUUUUCCUCACAGCGAAUGUUAUGCUGUAACAGGCACUAAUGACGCACUGUCUCUGGUUCAGUGUUCUGGUCUGGUUUUAACUUAAUUUAAGAAAAGACAGUCAUGCAUAUCUCACCGGUGGCAUAUUUUAGCAAUCUUCUGCUUCAUGUGUCUCAGCUCUCCCCUCUUCUAUUGCUCUCUUCUCCCCGUCCUCACGCAAGCCCAAUCGUUUCAGAUCUGUCAUUUAAAAACUAUUCUUUUUUUUUUUUUUCCUUUUUUUUUUUUUUUAAGUCCUUAGGUCACUGGAAAAUCAGUUUGCACAUUUAUACAACUGAACAACUUUUUUUCUUUUUCUUUUUUCUUUUUUCUUUUACUGUUCUCCCAAAUGUGUGGAUUCUGAAAAAGCUGUACAAUGUUUGCUGGUGCAAGUCAUUUUUAUUUCAGUUUGAAACCAAUAAAUGUUUACACCAAAUGAA